UGCUUCUUGGGACAAGCGGUUUCAGUGUGUGUGUGUGAUCCAAUAAAACUGGAGAAAAGUUUGGACUCAACCUUGACCGGCUAUCGUUUGUUAUUUUCUUGACCUCUAAGUAUCUAGGCGAAUCCUACACGAACGCUCGAUUACACUAGGAACCAAUAUGAGCCGAUGAUACUUUCGAGCGGGAACUAUAAGGGCGUUACACCAAUUGGCGAAUACACGGAAAAAAACAAGUACAGUUACUGAGUGUUAAAAUACAUAUUUUAUUGUUUACUUGCACUUUAAUUACCUUUAUUUACCUAGAGCUGAUAACAGUUUUAUUAGCGAACGUAACUUGACUGGAUUCGUGUCAAACGGAUAAAUCACACGUAGUUUUGGGAUGUAUAAUGUAUUCAGGCUGAGUAGCGAUGAGGACUGACAGACAUGUUGAAGCUGUGCAAGGCAGAAACUGUGGCAGCAAUAACAUGCAGCGGAAGUGCGACAUGCGCAAUAAUAAUUCUUAGCUGACAGUGACUCACAACUGAAACAUUUUUCGCCACGCUGUGUGUGCCACAGCAGCUGGACUAAUCUGUCGAGAUGUGAUUUCAUGCCGCAGCUCGAGGACAGAGUGAGAGUUACGCCCUUAGCGUAGUAGAGCGCCGCGCGGCUGAGCAGAAGAGAACCGCGUGCCGGCGGUGCGGUCGUUCUGUCGGACUCGGAGCGCGAGCCGUCAGCAUCAUCACAUCAUCAUCAUGCCCGGCUUGGUGGUGUUCGGCCGCAGGUGGAGCAUCGCGAGCGACGACUUCGUGUUCCCCGGGGCCUUCGAGAUCUUCAUCAGAGUCUUAUGGUGGAUUGGAAUUCUGGUGCUCUACACAAACCAUAAAGGAAACUUUGACUGCGCCAGUGGAGGAGUGUUACACAGCUACCUUGUUGUUCUGCUCAUCAUUCUGGCUGCCAUCAUCCUGUCACUUUGCGCCAUCGUGUAUGUUAGUGCUCAGGGGACCAUAACAAACCCAGGUCCUCGCCGCUCCAUUCCUGCGCUGGUCUAUGUGCGAGCUCUGCUUUACCUUCCCGAGCUUGUGUGGGCCUGCCUAGGUGCCAUCUGGGUGUCAGAUAACAGCAGGGGCUGUCAAGCGGCAGAAGUUGGUGCUGUGAUUGCUGCAGUGGUUGCCAGCUGGAUCAUCCUGUUCUUUACUGCCAUAGGAGUUCUGAUUGUAUUUGACCCUCUGGGGAGCCCAGAGCCGCGUCCAGAAGUUUACGACCCAGGCACACGAAACCUGGAGAGCAAUGGGUCAAGUCAGCUGCUGUACACUGCCCGCUCCCUGGCUGUGCGUGCGUGGGAGAGCCGACUACGUUUGCUGUGCUGCUGCCUACCCCAGGAUGACAGCCACCGGGCUGCCUUCUCCAACAUUGCGCAGCUCUUCAGCAGUUUCUUCUCGGACACAGAUUUGGUGCCCAGUGAUAUUGCUGCUGGCCUCUCCCUGCUUCACCAGGAGCAAGACAAGAUGGAACAAUGCAGAGACCCUGAUGAUGUGGUGGCCCACAGUCCAUCCUCUCCCAUUGGGGAUGACCUACAAACAGAGCUGGAGAAAGCAGCCCACUGCAUGCAAUUUGCAAUGGCAGCAUAUGGCUGGCCCUUGUAUGUCUACUCAAACCCCCUGACUGGAGUGUGCAAGCUCAGUGCCGACUGUUGUCGAGGUCGGGGUGUGGAGUAUGACAUUGUAGGUGGAGACCAUUUGGGCUGUCAUUUCGCCUCCAUACUGCAGAGCACUGGACUGCAAUACAGAGACUUCAUCUACAUCAGUUUCCAUAAUCAGAUUUAUGAGAUUCCAUUUUAUGUGGCUUUGGAUCACAAGAAUGAGGCAGUACUGGUUGCAGUGAGGGGUACAUUGUCACUAAAGGAUGCGCUCACUGACCUGUCAGCUGCAUGUGAGAACCUGCCCAUCGAGGGUGUGACAGGAAGCUGCUAUGCUCACAAGGGUAUUUCACAGGCUGCCAGCUACAUCUACAAGAAACUCAUCAACGAUGGCAUCUUGAACCAGGCUUUCACCAUUGCUCCUGAGUACCGCUUGGUGAUCACAGGCCACAGUCUGGGUGCAGGUGCUGCUUCGGUGCUGGCGGUCCUGCUGCACAGCGCCUUCCCCACCCUGCGCUGUUAUGCUUUCUCUCCACCAGGGGGCCUCCUCAGCAAAGCCCUUGCCGAUUACUCCAAAGAUUUUGUCGUCUCUGUUGUGCUCGGAAAAGAUCUGGUUCCUCGGUUGAGUAUUCCAAAUAUGGAGGAUUUGAAAAGGAGAAUACUAAAGAUGGUUUCAAACUGCAAUAAACCCAAGUACCAGAUCCUGCUUCGUGGCUGCUGGUACGAGGUGUUCGGGGGUCAGCCAGAUGACUUACCAACUGAGCUAGAGAGCCGACGGGAGGAAGAGCUGAGCCAGCCACUCUUGGGUCCGCAGAGUCUGCUGCAGCACUCGGCUUCCUAUCAGAGCCUUGCCUCUGAUGGGUCCCCCAGCCACACUACUCACGUACCCCUCUAUAUGCCUGGACGCAUCCUCCACAUCACCCAGGAUGGACCCUCCCGCAGGUUGUGUUUCUCCCAGACGAGCUACCGGGCUGAAUGGUCCAGUGAGAUGGCUUUCUGCAGCAUCUUGAUCAGUCCACGCAUGAUCGCAGACCACAUGCCUGACGCAGUGUUUCGUGCUCUCCAGAGUCUCACUCAGGACUGCUCCUUCCCCCUGUGCCCAUCCUCCCAUAGCAAUAGUCACCUGAAUGUCAUCUGAGUUGAAUGUUGUCUUUUGUCCCAGUCUUCAUCUCCUCUGUAUGGAUAUGUGUGAAUGAAGAGAAAGUUGAAGGAGCUGAUGAUCCUGCAACUUUUCUGUCGUGACUGGGAGAGGAAACAGGGCUUGUUUCCUGGUUCAUCAUUUUAGGAGUAUGUCAGAGAUUCCAUGAUUGCUUUGAUACAUAAUGUUUUUACAAGUGUUUUGGUUGUACUGUAACUUGGGUUUGGAUUUUUCAUUUUUAUCUAUCCAGGUAAAGUUCUGGAUGUCUAAAUGACUUUAAGGAAUCAAAAAUAUUAAACUGUGCAGUUGGGGUUUACUGCCUGUACUUUGUGGAACAGAUUUUGGUAGAUAGUAACUGAUAACUCAAACACUAAAGAUUUAAUGCAAACUGCCUACAGUACUACAAAAGUUUAUUUUAAAUGCUGUAAUAAUGCAUGGGUCUUUAAUUUUACAUUUGUGCAUGACUGUUUGAAAUGGCAACUUAAAUUACUCAAGUUUUUAUGUACAAUGAGUAAUUUAGCAUGUGUAAGCUAAAUGCAGAUGUAACUGUGUCAUUAAAUAUUUAAUUUUCUUUUUUUUCUACUGUUCAUCACACCUGUUGAACUUGCUUCACAUGUAGAAACCAGUAUUGUUGGCACUGGGAUUAUCAAAUUUUCAUGUUUAUUACCAGAGUAUUUAUUUAUUUUUUUCCCCCAGAAUUUCAUCUUCAGAGGCCUGAGUUUUUCCUCAUUGUAUGAAAAACUGAUUGUUUAUGGGUGACAAUAAAAAAGUGCAUCUGUG